AUGGAUACUUCAGAUAGUGAACACUUUGAAAGUGCUGAUGAAUUUCACUCAGAUAGUGAAAGUUCAGAAGACACAGGAGAUAAGUCUGUUUUAGAUAAUCUGGACAAUGAUUUGGAAAAACGUUUAGGUAACUUGAACAUUGAUGAAAAUUUAGGAAAUAUUUCAGCUAAACAAAGUGAAAAUAGUGUGUCAAACAAUGCCUCAAUACUUGGAGACAUUGAAGGUAACAGAACUAAUGAAAUCAAAGUGAAAAAUGAUUAUAAGGAUAAUCCUAUCAUUCCUAAGAGAAUUACAGAUAUCAAUAUCAAUUCCUUAGUAGAAACACAAGUAGCUGAUACCCCUAAUCAAGAUGUUCUAGUAAAUAGGAGAUUAGUAGACCAAGAUAUUCCAGCACAGAAUAGAACUGAGAAACAGCACAAAAGUGAAUGUGAAAUAGUAACACUGAAGAAACAUUCAACAGAGAGCAGUUCAGAAAAAGCCAAUGAUGAUCAGUCUCAAGAAUCUGAAACUGAAAAUAUGUGGGAUAAUAAUGAAUGGGAACCAAUAUCAAUUGAUAAUGUGAAUCCUAGUGUAGGUAAAAACAUCAAAACAGUUUCUCUACCAGAAAAAACUAUUGAAGAAAAUUUAUGGGAGAAUGAUGAUUGGGAGCCCAUAGAAAACAAAGGAGAUGAUAGUGAUGACACAUGGCAAAAGGAAGAAUGGGAUCCUAUUGAAAAUAAAAUUGCAGUCUCAAGUCAAGCAAAGGAUACCAGCAAUGAUACCACUUGGGGUGGUUGGAGCACCUGGGGAGUCUCCUCUAUACUCAGCACUGCUACUCAUAGUGUUUCAACACUAACCAACCAAGUUUCACAAGGCCUAUCAAAUGUACUAGAAAAUAGCAUGGGUAUUCCUAAUCCUGAAGAACUGGCUAAGCAGCACCUCAAUGAAGAAGAAAAAAUUUGUGGAAUUUUGGAGAAUGUUGAACAAAACAGUGCUGUGGAGGAAGACAGCAAAGACAAGAACUAUAAUGGGUUUGGGUUUGGAAAUCUGUCAAAUUUUGUUUCAGGAGUUUCUAAUCUCACUAAAUUUGUGGAGCAUACAGGCAACAAAGUCAUCAAUGGUGGGUUGGAUACUCUGGAAACUAUAGGAAAAAAAACUAUGGAAGUUUUGCAAGAAGGAGAUCCAGGCUUAAAAAACAAACGUGCCUUCCUCAAACUCGACCAAGAUAAACCUGUUCUAUCUCAAGUUCUCAAAGAGGCCAAAGCAAAAGCUGAAGAAGAAAAUAGAGCUCUCCAACAAAAGAAUAUCUCCAAAAAAUUGAACUACGAAAGUUUAUUUGAUGAUUACCACGGACUGGUGCAUCUGGAAGCCUUAGAAAUGUUGUCAAAACAAUGUGACAUCAAGCUGGAAUCUUUAAGCGGCGCUUGCGCAGGUGAUGCUUUGAAAGAGAUUCUAGAAACUCUAGAGCAAGUAAGAGAACUUUGUGAACUACCUGAUGAAGAUGAUGAGGACCAAUCCACACUAGAGGAAAUUGAGGAGAAAAUUGAAUCUGCCCUAAAAGAAAUCAACAUCAAGAUAACUUACGAUAAAGGCAUAUCAACUUGGAAAGAGGCUGAAAACUGGUUGAACAGUUUGCAGCUAGAUAUUUGUGAUGAUACUGAAAUCCAUCAAAAGGCUUUGCAAGUACUGGCACAAUUGACAGCAAUCGCAGUGGAGCAGUUUCACAAAGCUGGGGAAUUGUUAUUGAUAAAGGAGCAUAGGAGUACAGCAGAUGAGGCUGACAGCCUAGUUCUGUUAACGACUGCUUUGACUUCACUUAUUGGCUUCGCAGCUGGAAAAUUCUCCGAGAAAUUGAAUGCCAGAGCAAGUGGAACUUUGAAUAAAGAGAAAAUCAAUGAUCUAAUUACCAAUGUUUUCUUUGAGUUUCUACAUGAUUUUACAGGCAGCCAACAGCAGUUCAUAUAUACAAGAUGCAUUUCAACUAUUGAUACCUGUACUUCAAGUAGGUGCUGUAUAAACAAAAUCACCAUGAAAAUGUCAUUCUACUAUACUACUUCACGGUUCAGUAGUGAAAUUUGUUUUAGGUUCAAACAUCUAAUUAUUGUAUUAUGA